AUGUCCGGCAAGAAGGAGUUUGAUGUGAAACAGAUCCUAAGGCUGCGCUGGAGAUGGUUUAGUCAUCCUUCUCAAGGUUCGCCUCUCACUGGAAGCUGCCCUCAACAGGAAGGAUAUGAGCAUAGAGGGACCGCGGUUCAGGGCAGGCUGAAAACCCACUCUGGGGAUAGAAACGAACUGAAGAAAGGCAGCAGUCCUGUCCACCCCAAUAUACUGACACCAGUUCCAGGACCUGCUUCUGUGCAUCAAAGAGCCCAGCAAAAUUGGCACCAGCAAAACCUUAUAGAACAUCUCCAAGCAAAUGAAGAUAUUCCUCAAGCAAUUCCAGAAGAGGAUUUGUCCAAAGAAGCUUGUGGGAAACACUUAGGAGAUUUGGAGAUGAUGACUGAUGACAAUAUAGAAGAUUCUAGAGCACGAUAUUAUAGCCAGUAUACUGAAGAAAUGACUGACCAAUCUGAGGAGAACUUCUAUGCAGUGAAUCAUGCAAAGCAAACUAUCCAGAAAAUGGAGAACUACAUGAAAGAGAAACAACUAUGUGACGUGUUCCUAGUUGCUGGGCACCUACGAAUCCCAGCUCAUCGGCUGGUUCUCAGUUCAGUGUCUGAUUAUUUUGCUGCAAUGUUUACUAAUGAUCUGCUUGAAGCCAAACAGGAAGAGGUCAGGAUGGAAGGAAUAGAUCCAAAUGCACUGAAUUCCUUGGUGCAAUAUGCUUACACAGGUGUCCUGCAAUUGAAAAAAGAUACUGUUGAAAAUUUGCUGGCUGCAGCUUGUCUUCUGCAGCUGACUCAGGUCAUUGAAGUUUGCUCCAAUUUCCUCAUAAAGCAACUCCAUCCUUCAAACUGCUUAGGCAUGCGGUCAUUUGGAGAUGCCCAGGGCUGUAACAAGCUCCUGAAUGUGGCACAUAAGUACACUAUGGACAAUUUCACUGAGGUGAUUAAAAAUCAAGAAUUCCUCCUGCUUCCAGCUAAUGAAAUUUCAAAACUUCUAUGCAGUGAUGAUAUUAAUGUGCCUGAUGAAGAAACCAUUUUACAUGCUCUGAUGCAGUGGGUAGGCCACGAUACUCAGACUAGGCAACAAGACCUGGCGAUGCUCCUUUCUUAUAUCAGACUACCACUACUCCGGCCUCAGUUGCUUGCAGAUCUUGAAAACAGUUCCAUGUUUACUGGUAACCUUGCCUGCCAGAAGCUCCUAAUGGAAGCUAUGAAGUAUCAUCUUUUGCCUGAGAGAAGACCCUUGAUGCAAAGCCCUCGAACAAAACCUAGAAAAUCAACCGUGGGUGCACUUUAUGCUCUAGGGGGCAUGGAUGCAAUGAAAGGUACUACUACAAUUGAAAAAUAUGACCUCAGGACCAACAAUUGGCUGCAUGUUGGCACCAUGAAUGGGCGUAGGCUUCAAUUUGGAGUUGCGGUUAUUAAUAAAAAGCUUUAUGUUGUGGGAGGAAGAGAUCGUUUCAAAACAUUGAAUACUGUGGAUUGUUUUAAUCCAGCUAUCAAAGUCUGGAUGGUGAUGCCACCCAUGUCUACACAUAGGCAUGGUUUAGGUGUGGCCAUACUUGAAGGACCAAUGUAUGCUGUUGGUGGUCAUGAUGGAUGGAGUUACCUAAAUACUGUAGAAAGGUGGGACCCUGAAGGAUGCCAGUGGAACUAUGUGGCCAGUAUGUCAAUUCCUAGAAGCACAGUUGGAGUUGUUGCAUUAGGCAACAAAUUGUAUGCUAUUGGUGGACGUGAUGGAAGCUCUUGCCUGAAAUCAAUGGAAUCCUAUGAUCCACACACUAACAAGUGGAGUCUGUGUGCUCCAAUGUCCAAAAGACGUGGAGGUGUGGGAGUUGCAACAUACAAUGGAUACUUGUAUGUUGUAGGGGGCCAUGAUGCUCCUGCUUCUAACCGUUGCUCCAGGCUUUCUGCUUGUGUUGAAAGAUAUGAUCCAAAAAGAGAUUCCUGGUCAACUGUAAGGCCCCUGAGUGUGCCUCGAGAUGCUGUUGCCGUAUGUCCACUUGGAGACAAAUUAUAUGUGGUUGGAGGAUAUGAUGGACAUACUUAUUUGAACACUGUUGAGUCAUACGAUGCUCAGAAUGAUGAAUGGAAGGAGGAAGUUCCUGUUAACAUUGGAAGAGCUGGUGCAUGUGUUGUGGUGGUGAAACUCACUUAAAACUCAAAAGAAUGGCAGCAGGAUAAUUUCAAGAAACAGAGCAGGUGGAACAAGAGGAAAAAAAGAAAAAGAAAUAGGACAUUUUCUUCACUUCAUAACCAAACUUGAAAAUCAUUGCGUCAGUUUAAUAUGUUCUCAUUUGUGAAGCUGGAACCAAUUUUAAACAUGAGCUACAUGCAAAUCUUGAAUAUAUAUGUUGUCAGAGCUGAUAAUAUAAACAGAAAUCCCCUAUGCUAGCUUUUGACUCUUUAUGGUAGCAUGUUAAACUACUUAAGCAAAAUUGAUAGUGACUGAAGUGUUAAGGUGAGAAAAGCAUCAUU